AAGCCAGAUUUUUCCGAAAUCCUGAUCGUCAUGCCGCAUUGUGAAGCUGCUCACACAGUGGGUUUUUCUAACGACUCUACCUCGACGACCUGAGCAGAUGGAAUGUUACUCCCUCCAUUCGCACUUCAAGAAGUACCUGAUGAACCGACUCGGACCGCGGAAAAACGUGUACAACGUCGCGUCGGGGCUCAUCUCGGAGCACGAGUCGACCUCCUCGGAGAGCAAGAGCAAGAAGACCUACAUCCGAUACGACACCUACCGCCCGAGCAUCUUCGCCAACGACAAAAACGAACCGCGGGGCAGGCGCUUCAAAAAGUCCGAGCAGCCGAAGUCGGCGAAACUGAGCAUCAUCGAACGGAAAUUAAAGGUCAAAAGCAAAACCGCGCCGCAGAGCGAGACGGCUCACAUACUCCCCUCGACCGACGACUCGAAUGCGGAAACUGACGUCACGCCGGAAUUAACGAGAUCCAUAUCGGAAAUUUCGAUCGUAAGCGCAGAGGAGAAGAAAGGUGAAGUGCGAGGGUGUACCAGAUGGUAUGUGGACGACCACCCGAAGGUCACCGAUCUUGACGAGGAGGAAUCGGAACCAGAUCUUCCGGACGGGAAACCGGGUCUUCCGGACGUUAAACCGGGUCUUCCGGACCUGAAACCGGAUCUUCCGGACGCGAAGUCAAAUCUUCCGGACGGGAAGCCGGAUCGUCCGGUUGAACGAGGAGCUUUGGCGACAAUCCUGCGGGAGAAGCGUCGGCAGGCUGGGUCAGCGUCUUCGAAGGAAGGGACUGGGAAUUUCGGGCCGAGCUCGACGUCGAUCGAGGACGCGGAUUCCCUGGGGUCGGAAGGGUCGGUCGUGAAGGAAGAUUCCGGAUCGGUGGAGGGCCGUGGACCGCGAGUUCCGGAUCGGGGGAAGUGCGCGAGGAGGAAGAUCCGGAGGAGGCCGCGGUUGGAGCGGAGGUCGGUCGCGUCGUCCGACUCGUCGACCGGUUUCGAGAACAGACCGAGACGACCGGUUAAGAAUGGACUUCGCAGGGUUAGUGCUGUACACGAAUCUCGGCUCUCGAGAAUUGUAAACUCUCAAGCCUGUCCUCUGAACUCCGACGAGCUGGAGGACCAACUUGUACGCGUGUUGGAAAAAAACUCAGAACUGACUAUCCAAAACACCGAUCUCCAAAAGCUUGUUCAGCAGCUCCAGAAUGUGAAAGGAGGCACUGGAAUCUCACUAAACGCCAAUGAGAACUUAAGUCACAUAUUAAAGCUUAUGCGAGAUGCCUCCGAUAAGCGGAAAGAGUAUGAAACAGAACGUGCUGAGGCGCUCCUUGCAUUACAAGAUCUUCAGAGAAAAUCGACAACAUCCCUGGAAAAAGCCAAAAAUUAUGAGCUGAUGGAAGCCUUACAGUCCAAAAUUCGGGAACUGGAAAAAAAGACUGAACUGCAAAACGUUCGACAUGAAGAACUUUUGCUUGAAUUAAGAGCGAUUAAAAAGUCUGAAGGUAAAUCAACUACAGAUGAUGUCACAAGUGAUGGAAGCUGGAAGCGGUCUUCUACUAAUCAAGAAAUUCAAACCUCUCCAGAUUCAAAUACCUCCACUCCUGAACUGAAUGACCGUUUGUCACGCCCUAACACUGCACACGAAUACUCAGAUCAUCAAUGGCCCACCAAACAUCGUUCACAUCACUCUUCAGGUAACCCUCUCCAGCAUAGCAGUGCUGCGUCUGCAAACGUUAAUGUAGUUGAUGCGUUGAGCGCUUUUGUUAAUCCUAACCUGCAAUUUCCUCUAAAUCCCGGCAUGUUAUAUUGGCCAACCGUCGAUAUGUUGACUGGCAUGUCAAUUGGGUCAUAUGUGGAUAAUUGUUCAGCGCCAGUAUCCAGCUCUGGUGGGAGCUCCUCUGGGUCUGGUGGUCACAACCCCCAGUCGCAUCACUAUCACUCCUCAUCAAAUCAAACCAACAUCACAUCAGAGAUCGACAGGAUCAUGGCCAAAAUCGAUCAAGAUAACAGAAUACUUGCAGAGUUAGACAAGACACGAUCAACCAUAGGCUUACCUACAUCAAGCGGCACAAUGUCGUCGCUGGCGUUGGGUGACACAGCCCAACAGUUGGGUGCGCACAACAAUGCCAUAGGAAUGCCUCUUAUGGCAGCACAAACUAUUCCCAUAUCAGCUUUAACGCAGUCGGGUAUCAUCAAUCCACUUUUAAGUACUGCCAACCCGUCUACAGCCGCCGCAUAUCAACUUAUGUUAAACAGUACUGUCAGCUUAGGUCAACCUAGCAACACCAUGCUUCCUUCACUCGUUCAUCCACAUCGAGUGAUGCCUCAGAUUCCAACCAUGCUAGCUUCUCAGAUUGAUCUUGACCGACCUUUUGUUGAUCCAUCCUCUUUAUCAGAUAGUAAACAACCCGACAUGUUAGACAUUCCAGGCAAAGGAAGGUGCUUUGUCUACAUAGCUAGGUAUACUUACGAUCCUUUUACUCAUUCUCCUAACGAAUGUCCUGAAGCAGAAUUACCAAUCAAUGCUGGGGAUUAUCUCUUAGUAUGGGGUAAUAUGGAUGAGGAUGGAUUCUUUGAUGGUGAACUGCUGGAUGGGAGGAGAGGACUUGUACCGUCAAAUUAUGUGGAGAAGUUAGUCGGUGACGACUUGCUGGAGUUUCACCAGUCUGUUGUCGUCGGAUUGAGGGAAAGUGAUGAAAGUGGUUCAACAACUAUCCCUCAAGACCUGGAAUAUAUCAACUGUGCUGAUGAUUAUGGCAAGCGAUCCGCAAUUGACUACAAUCUGGGUGGCACAUUAGAAGAAGACGACGAGGAUGACUUACAACCUGGUGAGAGUCCUGACUAUUUCUUCUCGCUACUAGUACCGGCUCCCAAACAACUGACACUGGAACGUCAGCUCAACAAGUCCAUCUUGAUCGGAUGGAACCCUCCAGAGAAUAUCAACCCGUCAUCGAUUGAAUCGUACCAUGUUUAUGUCGAUGGUGUCCUGAAAACAACUGUAAAAGCUACAGAACGGACAAGAGCGCUAGUUGAAGGAGUCGAUUCUAAUAGACCUCAUAGGAUCAGUGUACGUUCUGUGACAUUAAACAGGCGAACAUCGCGGGAUGCUGCAUGUACGAUGGUGAUCGGGAAAGACAUUCCCCUAGGCCCAACUUGUGUAAGAGCAAGUCAUCUUACGUCAACCUCAGCUGUCAUUUCAUGGCUUCCAAGUAAUAGCAACCAUCAACACACCGUCUGUGUCAAUAGUGUAGAAGUUAGAACUGUCAAGCCAGGAGUCUACCGACACACAAUAACAGGAUUAGCUCCAAACACUCUUUACCGAGUUUCUGUCAGAGCAAAGAACAUCCGAGCUCCGCACUUUGAUGAUAAAGCUAGUAUACCAGUAGAAAAGUUUUCCUGUCAUAUUGACUUCCGGACGCUACCCAAAGGUUGCAAAGGUCUACCGGAACCUCCUAUUGAUAUUCAAGUCGAGUCAGGGCCUCAAGAUGGUACGCUGCUCGUCACUUGGCUUCCAGUCACUGCAAAUAAUUCGACGAACACCGCUCUCGUCACCGGCUAUGCUGUUUAUGCGGAUGGCAAAAAGGUCACUGAUGUUGAUAGUCCAACAGGUGAUCACGCCCUCAUAGAUAUUAAUAAAUUGAUAGGGUUGAACCCUAAGCAAGUUACCGUUCGAACUAAGUCAAGGGAUAAUCAGUCUUCCGAUAGUGCCCCUACACCUAUUCCAACAUCCAUCCUCAAAGGAGAACGUCAGUCAAAAGACAGACCUAUGGAUGAUCGGAGAAGGUAUGGCUCAGCAGUUCCCCCACACAUGAGACAUCAUCAACCUCAGAGAAAUGCUCAUGGACAAAUUAUCAUCGAUCCUGAGGAAAAUCUGAGCGAUAAAGAAAUAUAUCCUGGCACCCAAAUGAUUCCAUCCAUUGAUACGAAAUUUGGUGGAACAUUUUCAGAAAUAACGAAGGACACGGCAAGCGAGGGCAAUUUUAGUGAAGACGACUACCUAGAUCGCAGAAGACAACAGAAAGGGCAUUAUGCGCCACCUCAAGGAAACCACCCGCCAUUCUACGAAGGGGGUCACUCACAUCAUCAUCAGCGACCUCCGCGCUCUCAUGCGGAGCGAGGUCGACCUCCACAGCCGCCGAUGCCUCACGAGCGCCCUCGACCUCUACGGCCCAGAGACGAAAGGGACCAAUUUUACAUGGGAGGAGGGGGAAGAGAGGACCCGCGCAGGAGAGAUGGACCCAGUGGCAGCUACCGCGGUCGAGGCGGACCUGCAGGUGGGGGGCCAUGGCCUCCGCAGAAUGCUCCGCAAAACCAUCCCCGAGACCAGCGUAUACGUUACUUCGAGGCACUUUUUGAUUACGAUCCUCAGACUAUGUCUCCCAAUCCAGAUGCUUGCGAUGAAGAGCUUCCAUUUUUACGUGGUGAUACAAUCAAGGUGUUUGGUGAGAAGGAUAAUGAUGGCUUCUACUGGGGCGAAUGUCGAGGGCGGAGAGGCUAUGUCCCUCACAACAUGGUAGCAGAUAUGCAAGAUGUGUCUAAGAAUGCAGAUGGACGAAAUAAGGACCGGUGGGGAGACAUCUAUGCUAAUAUGCCUGUAAAAAGGAUGGUAGCCAUGUAUGACUAUGAUCCGCAAGAACUGUCACCAAAUGUUGAUGCAGAGCAAGUGGAGCUGAGUUUCCAAACAGGGAACAUAAUCUAUGUUUAUGGUGACAUGGAUGAUGACGGUUUCUACAUGGGCGAGUUGGAUGGUGUCCGUGGCCUUGUUCCUUCGAACUUCCUAACAGAGGCCCCUCCUGACUACAAUAAUGGAAGCGGUCCAAUGAAGGGACCCUUGCCCCGAGGCCAUCCAAAAGCUGGUCCUCCGGAGCGGGGCCAUGGUCCGGGAGUCAGAGGGCCCCCACCUCCACCGAGAGAAGGAGUACCUAGAGACCCUCGUGAUCGACGGAAAGAUGCGUCGGCACAACAGUAUGACCACACCAAGGAUCGGAUGGAGAACAUGAAAGGGCCGAAAAACGAGCAGCUCGACAGGAGAGGUGGUAGAAUGGACGGACGAGGCCCUCCGCCAGAUCCGCAUCAAGGCGCCCAAGAGUACCCAGCAGACCAAAGCUCCAAGCCUCUCUCUCAAAACCCAAUGAAGGGGACGCCAAAAGUGGUGCCGGACUUCGUCAUCCCAAACAACAAAGAGUCUCCGACUACUACCCAGCCGUCAAGCAAGUUCCCCGGUAUACCUGAAACUCCAAAUCUCAUGCAGAAGCUGAGUGAAAUGACGUCGAACGUCACUGGUGGUGGCGACAACUCCGUCGAUCACAUACUCUCCAAAGGAAAAGAACUUAUUUUUAUGAAGUUCGGCCUCGGCAAAUGAUUGUUCCUUGUUACAGGUGAUUCUGCUGUUCUCGGAGACUCUCUCCUUCCUAUUCUGCCCUGCUCAGAGAAAAGCACGUGUGAGCCACCGGUGAAUUCAUCAAACACUAAUUCCUCAUAUCAUGUUUAUUCUAAUUUACAGUCUGGCUUAAGUGUUAUGAACUUUGUUUCCAGAAUACUUCUUUUAUUUUUAAUGGUUGUAGGAAACAUGACAGUUACAUUUGUUUUCUAACAAAUUUGAAGUAAGCUCAGUUAACAGGUCUGAGCUCUGCAGUUGAUGUUUAAAAUACUUCACAUAAAAAUGAAUACUUUAUAGCUCUUGAUAUCAAAUUUCAUCUUGUUCAAUCUUUAAUUGAGUACAAGCGUUUAAUCGUUGCGCAUUUUCCGUUGAUUUGACAGCAUUAAAAUUAUUUUCUGAACCUUUAUUCGAUUAUGUUUCUACAUUCAUCAACAUAUUAUCAUCUUCUUAAUUGCCUUUGAAACUUUACGUUUCUACAUCUGUAAUGUUUCACAUCAAUGUUGUGAAUUUAUUAGAAUUAUAGCACCUAUUUUCCUCCUCUGCAAGUAGGACGCAGAUAAGAGCUCGAGGGAGAAAAAUUUCAACAGAUUUUAGUAUGGUACAUUGUAAUAGGAAAAAAAUGUAUCGCAAGCUUCCUAAGUGGAACCUGUGAGGGGUAAUAAAGCAUGCAGUGUACCAUUGUUUACCUAGGGUAAAUAAACUUUCCUCUACAGAGAACGAAUGUAACCCAUUAGGAACAAUUGAAAUUAUACUUGAUAAACGUUUUAAAGAUCCUCAUGAAGCACCGUCAUGUGGGCCAACUGAAUUUUCACUAAAGAUGUCUGCAAAGAAUCGGUUCCUCCUUUGAGAGGAGCUUGAAGAAAUCAAAUUUUAAAUGAGAAAACAUGGAUGACGUAGAAACGCGUGUUCAGUAGAGAAAUACAAAGAAUAUAUACAUGGGGCUUCAACCAGAAUCAGCCUAACAGCACUAUUUAUGUAGCCUAAUUUUCUCUUAUGUUUUAUUUUUUAACAAAAAACAGCAACAACACACCUUUAAAUUGUGUCAAUAUAUUCUGUACACGUACUUUGGAGCAGAUUCUUAGAAAGUUUCCUGGCAAAAUAUUGCCCAAUCUUCAGGCGAAGAUAUAAAGCAUGAAAGAGUAUUAGGCUAAAUCAAAUGGACAACAAUUAUUUGCAAUUAGGAACUGUAAUUUCUGGCUUAUCUGUAAAAACAGAUGUGUCCAUAAGGAAACUAAUAGUACAUACUUUGUUUUUAAACUGAGCCAGAUAUCGUAGUUCCCAAUUGCAAAAUGUAGUCCAAAUGUGUUCAAGCUGAUUACGGUUGAAGCGGUCUAUAUUAUCAGCAGCCUGAAUGAACCACUAGACAAGGUGUAAGUUUAAGCAUUGUGAUACCUCAUAAAAUUUUCACUCAGAACACUAUUUGUACAACAAAAAUUAAUUGAAUUAACUCCGAAUCAAGAUACUAUCGUCUUUCAAUGCCCAAAUUCAAACUUCCUUGUCGUACAAAAACUUCAUAAUCUUCUUGAGUUAAAUCGCAAACUAAACAUUACCGUGACAGUCUCUGCAGUUUGGAAGUCUGUCAGCCUUAAUCUCAGUGUUUUGGCUCAGCUGCUGCACGUUGUUCACACUUUGAUCAAUACCAGGGUGGGGAAGGAACAUAGAUUAAAUCGAGAAGCCUGCCAAAACCCUCAAAGUGCGCUGUUCGAUUCGAGUAUUGUUUUUCAUGGGAAUGGGUAAUUAAUAUUUUUUGUAACCAAUGCUU